GUUUUAAUAUGAUUAUUGGUUGUGAAUGUAAAAUAUAAAUAUUUUAAAUGGGUAAUCAACUGGUAGGAGUUGCUCCAUCUCAAAUCUUUCCCGUUGAAUACUACUUAACUGAUCAUGCUGAAUUGCAAUUUGAUAUUAGUCUGGGAAGCACUAGGUUUUUCAAAGUUGCUAGAGCAAAAUAUGUCGAAGGACUUAUAGUUGUAAAGGUUUUCGCAAUUCAUGAUCCUUCGCUGCCAUUACAAACAUAUCGAGAAAGAUUAGAAAACAUACGAGAAAAAUUAUCAACAACCGUUAAUUGUCUGCCAUUCCAGCGAAUUGAACUAACAGAACGUGCUGGUUUGAUAAUGCGUCAGUAUGUUAAACAUAGUCUGUAUGACAGAAUUUCUACAAGACCAUUCUUAACAGUUAUAGAAAAAAAAUGGAUUACAUUUCAAAUAUUAUAUUCAUUACAUCAAUGCCAUAAAUUACAAAUAUGCCAUGGAGAUAUAAAAUUAGAAAAUAUCCUUGUUACAUCUUGGAAUUGGAUUUUGCUUGCUGAUUUUGCUUCGUUUAAGCCUACUUACUUACCAGAUGAUAAUCCAGCAGACUACAGUUAUUUUUUUGAUACAUCUAGACGUCGCACUUGUUAUAUAGCACCAGAGAGAUUUGUUAAAACUUUAAACAUGGAUAACGUACAUAAAGAUGGAUUUUUGGUUAAUGAAAUUCCAUGCAGUUCUGGUGAUUUACUUCCUUCAAUGGAUAUAUUUUCUGCAGGUUGUGCUUUAUUAGAGCUAUGGAAUGAAGGUACUCCACCAUUUGAAUUAUCACAAUUAUUAGCUUAUAGAGCUGGUGAUUAUGAGCCUCGUAAGCAUUUAGAUUCUAUAAAAGAUCCAGCAUUGCGAGCUUUAUUAUCAUCUAUGAUUGAAUUGGAUCCACAUCUAAGAUUAAGUGCUGAAGUAUAUCUAGAUAAUGAAAAGGGGAGAUUUUUUCCUGAAUAUUUCUAUUCUUUUCUGCAAUCAUACAUGUUGAUAUUUUCGGCUACACCUAUUUUGCCUCCUGAUGAGAAAAUAAUGAGGCUUCAUCAAGACAUUGGUUAUAUAAUAUCAAUUUUUAAUGGAGAAAACAAAAAUCAAUUUGAUAGAGAUGCAACACCAACCGAGAGUACUAUGAAAGAAGGACCAAAAAUGAGUGAUAAUGAUGGAUUAAUUAUCAUAACAAGUCUAGUAACAUCAUGUAUUCGAGGACUGCACCAUUGCAUGUCUAAAAUGAAUUGCUUAGAUAUAUUAUUGCAAUUGGCAGCGCAUACAAGUUCUGAGACAAUAUUGGAUAGAAUAUUGCCUUAUAUUUUACAUUUGGCCCAAGAUCCGGCAGCUCGUGUACGUGUUUAUUCCCUAGACAUCUUAGCGCGAUGCUUAGACCUUGUACAGGAACUCCCACGUUCUGAUUUCAAUGUUUUCCCAGAAUAUGUCUUGCCAGCUAUUGCCCCAUUAGCUACAGAUUCAGCCGCAGUUGUACGAAUAGCUUAUGCCAAAAAUAUUGCAUCACUUGCGGAGACGGCAUUGCGUUUUCUAGAUAUGGCUACAAGAAUGGCGGCCGAUAAGGAUUGCGCAGUCCUUAAUUACGAAAACGAGUUGGCGGCUCUUCACGACAUGGUUCAACAAACGGUGGCCCAUCUUCUCACAGAUUCUCAUUCACUAGUGAAACAAACUCUCAUGGAAAGUGGACUUGCUAGGCUUUGUGUCUUUUUCGGGAAACAGAAAGCAAAUGACGUUCUAUUAUCACACAUGAUCACAUUUUUAAAUGACAAAUGUGAUAAGAACUUACGUGGUUCAUUUUUUGAUAGUGUUGUGGAAGUGGCAGCUUAUGUUGGAUGGCAUUGCUCAGUCAUAUUAGCUCCUCUUCUACAUCAGGGAUUAACCGAUACUUCUGAAUUUGUGAUAGCAAAAUCAAUUCAUGCGACUGCUUCUCUGAUGAGCCUAGGGCUGUUGCAUAAAUCUACACUAACAGAAUAUAUAGCAGAAUGCGCUUGUUAUCUUAAUCAUCCUAAUUUGUGGAUAAGACAUGAGGUGUGCGGUUUAAUCGCCACGUCCGCUCAAAUUUUGAGUCCAAUCGAUGUGCAAUGUAAAAUAGUUCCGGCAAUUUCAACGCACUUGCGUGUUCCGGUGCUGCAAGUAGAGAAACCGGAAAUGCUCCUGGACAGCUUGCAGGCGCCUAUUCCAAGAACAAUUUUUGAUAGUGUAGUGAGAUAUCCUGACAUCAACUAUUUAAUAGAAACUCUUAGAGAACGCAGGGUCAUCCGCGCGAAAGUUAAACAAGGAACUGUGCCUCUUUAUGGGGAAAUGAAUCAAGCUUUAAAAGCACUUUUCAGUCGUCUCCAAUCAGAAGGCUUGACAGACCACAUGGAAAAUCAAUUGUUAUCAAUGAGUGCACAUUUAAUAAAACUUAGUAAAUAUCGUAUAGUUGAUGCAAAUGCUGGAAGUAAAAGCCCAGACAAAUUAGGUUUUAACCAACUAUCAAGUGUUGGACAAUAUAAUGGAAGGCUGGACAUAAGAGGAACUCAAAAUCUUAGUCAUGUACUUCAAUUAGAUUCCAGUAAGACUGAGAAUGCUGAUACCCUGCAAAGAAAACUUCGCAAACCCGCUGAAGAUGUUACUAUGAACUCUGAAUGGCAACACAUGUUUGGAGGUCUAAACAGUCCAGUAUCCAAAACAAUCAAACAUCUCGGAAUCAGCACGAUGGCGUUCCCAUUGCCACCGCCUGGCUGGACACCUCGGGGACGACAUAUAGCACAUCUGCACGAGCAUUCUGGUAACAUAACUGGCCUGAUACCUCUUUCUCCCGAUUCUCCACUUUUUGUAACAUGUUCUCUGGAUGGAACUAUUAGAUUAUGGGACGCCGCUCGCAUGGAAGGCCAAAGUGUAGCCAACAGAUCAAAACAACUGUUCACUCCUCGCAUAGGUCCCUUAACGUUUGUCUCGUCAUUAGAGUCAGGAAGAACCCUGGCCUUUGCUUCGCGCAGUGGUCAGUUACAGGUAACGCGCGUGGACGCUUCUCCUAGGUACACGUCCCUGCUGAGAGGCACCAGCAGCGUCGAAUUUGGUGGAGCAAGUGGUGAUUUGGAGUUGGAUGAUUCGCCUCCUUUGGCUGCUUGCGUGACUCAACGUGGAGCAGGAUCAGUAUUAGUGUACGCCACUUUGUACGGAGGGCUUGUCGCAUGGGAUUUAAGAGCACCUGGAGUCGCUUGGCGCAUGCAAGCCGAUUUGCGCCAUGGCUUCACUACCAGUAUGUGCAUGGAUCCUGGUGAUUGCUGGCUCGCAAUUGGAACAAGUCACGGCAAACAUUCUUGCUGGGAUUUACGUUUUCGUUUGCCGAUUGCUUCCAUUGAUCAUCCAACAAAAUCUCGUGUUCGUAAAGUAAUUUGUCAUCCAAGUCAACCGUCUUGGAUUUUAUCCAGUGUUCAAGGCAACAAUGAAGUUUCUCUUUGGAAUUUAGAAACAGGAUUUCGGCAAUCUGUUCUUUGGGCUAGCUCUGCACCACCUUUAUCUAACACUCAGGUUUCUUCACACUCAGUAUGUGCCAUGUAUGCCGGAUGCGUAGAUCGCACUGGCUUCUUAUUAGCAGGAGGAUCUGAUCAGAGAGUUCGGUUUUGGAAUUUAGAUAGACCCGAAGAAUCUUGCUUACUCAUACCAGCCCCUAACGAUUCUUUAUCUUCUCAAGAUAUUAUUUACAAAUCGCGCCUUAUCGACGGCACAUCAGUCGUCCAGGAAGUUCCAAGCGGUCCUACCGGGCGCACUAGUGGUUCGGUGUCCGGUGGCCCCGAAGAGUUACCUAGACCUGGACCAGAUGCCCCGCCUACUGGUCACCUAGCGCCUUUAGCAGAAGUAAUACUGGUUCGUGCAGGCACGAGCGGCGGCGCUGGACAAUGUUCUAUAGUUACAGCUUCUAGAGAUGGUGUUGUGAAAUUGUGGAAAUAAAUGAGUCGAUGGAUAGUGAUACAAUGGGUGAUAUAAAAUAUUUAUGAUGAUUAUUGAAGGAUAUGUGGCAAUAAAAUGUAUAUAAUUCGCCGAAAAAUUUUCUCAGUUCGCUGGCAAGUUGAAUGCUUAUAGAUCUUCUUUAUUCAACAUUUACUAAUGUACAAGUAGCAACUUUAUCAGCGCAAUUGUAUUACUUACUAAAACAGCAAAAUUUUAAGAAACAGCAAAUAAACUUAUCACCCGAAGGCUAUAAGUACUCAAAUUGUCAAUAAACUGAUACAAUCAGGUAUGUAUAAUGAAUUUUUCAAAGUAAUUCGAUUUUUUAUAGCUAAGAUUUCUAAACUAAACUAUUAAAAACCGUUUUGA